AUGUCUCCUGAGAUUAAACCCUUCAAAAUUGCGGUUCCAGACUCCGCGAUUGCCGCACUGAAGGCAAGGUUGGCCAAAGCUGCUUAUCCCGACCAGGUAGACUUCUCCGAUGACUGGAAUUACGGAGCGGCACGCAAAGACGUGAAGCGCCUGGCCAAAUACUGGGAAGACAGAUUUGACUGGAGAAAGCAAGAAGAAAAAUUGAACAAAUUGCCGCAUUAUAUGACUGGUAUUUCCGUUGACGGAUUUGAUGAGCUGGCCAUUCACUUCAUCCACCAACGAAGCUCCCAGCCAAAUGCCAUUCCGCUGUUAUUUGUUCAUGGAUGGCCGGGAAGCUUUCUAGAAGUCACCAAGAUCCUCCCCCUGCUUACAGAGCCUCGGCAGGGACAGGCCUUUCACGUCGUCGCGCCAUCACUGCCCAAUUUCGGAUUCUCUCAACAAGUACGACAACGAGGAUUUGCCGUUAAACAGUAUGCCGAGUGCAUGCAUAAGGUAAUGCUCCGUUUGGGCUAUGACACCUAUGUGACACAAGGUGGCGACUGGGGAUUCUUCAUCACUCGUCUCAUCAGCUUGCACUACCCCAAGCACUGUCUGGCAUCACAUAUCAAUUUCCCAUGCGUUAGGCCCCCUCCGAGGAAAUCUUUGUGGUUUGGCAUUCAGUACUUUCUCAAGCAAUACUCCUCGGUGGAAAAACAAGGACUUGCCCGAACAUUAUGGUACUUCACCGAAGGCUCAGGUUACAUGAUACAGCAGAACACAAGGCCAUCAACGCUUGGGUUGUGCCUUGCUGACUCGCCUGUGGCCCUGCUGGGUUGGAUAUAUGAAAAGCUUCACGAUUGGACCGACAGCUACGCGUGGACUGAGGACGAGAUUUUGACCUGGGUUUCCGUCUAUCAAUUCUCUACCGCAGGGCCAGCAGCAAGCCUCCGCAUCUACUUCGAGGCAUAUCACUCACUCGAGAUGUCCUUUAGAGGUGUGCGGUACAUACCAUCAGUCCCGUUAGGGAUAUCCUAUUUCCCAAAGGACUUGUUUGCGGUCCCAAGGUCGUGGGGUAAAUGUUUAGGUCCCGUAGUAUACGAAGCAAGCCACACCCACGGCGGUCAUUUUGCGGCAUACGAAGAGCCCGAGCUCUUUGCGGCAGAUUUGCAGUCCAUGUUUGGGGAAGGCGGCGGUGCUCAUUUUGUUGUAGAGGCCAUGACGGAGAACUUGUAG